AUGGCGCAGAAAGAUCAACUGGACCAAGAAACUUUCUCUUGUUCGAUCUGUCUGGAUCUACUGAAGGAUCCAGUGACUAUUUCCUGUGGACACAGCUACUGCAAGAGCUGCAUUAAAUCACACUGGGAUGGAGAGGAUCAGAGGAAGAUCUACAGCUGCCCUCAGUGCAGACAGACCUUCAAACCGAGGCCUGUCCUGAAGAAAAACAUCAUGUUAGCAGCUUUAGUGGAACAGCUGAAGAAGACUGGACUCCAAGCUGUUCCUGCUGAUCACUGCUAUGCUGGACCUGAAGAUGUGGCCUGUGAUGUCUGCACUGGGAGGAAGCUGAAAGCCUUCAAGUCCUGUCUGACAUGUUCAGCCUCUUACUGUGAGAAUCACCUCCAGUCUCACUUUGAAUCAACCAAAUUAAAGAAACACAAGCUGGUGGAGCCCUCGGAGAAGCUCCAGGAGAACAUCUGCUCUCGUCAUAAUGAGGUGAUGAAGAUGUUCUGCCGUACAGAUAAGAAGUGUAUCUGUUAUCGCUGCUCUGUGGAGUAUCAUAAAGGCCACAACACAGUCUCAGCUGCAGCAGAAAGGACUAAGAGGCAGAGAGAGCUCGAGGUGAGUCGACUAAACAUCCAGCAGAGAAUCCAGCACAGAGAGAAAGAUGUGAAGCUGCUUCAACAGGAGGUGGAGGCCGUCAGUCUCUCUGCUGAUAAAGCAGUGGAGGACAGUGAGGAGAUCUUCACUCAGCUGAUCCGUCUCCUCCAGAAAAGAAGGUCUGAUGUGAAGCGGCAGAUCAGAUCCCAGCAGGAAACUGAAGUGAGUGGAGUCAAAGAGCUUCAGGAGAAGCUGCAGCAGGAGAUCACUGAGCUGAAGAGGAAAGACGCUGAACUGAAGCAGCUCUCACACACAGAGGAUCACAACCAGUUUCUACACAACUACCCCUCAGUGUCACAACUCAGAGAACCUACAGACUCAUCCAGCAUCAAUAUCCGUCCUCUGAGAUACUUUGAGGAUGUGACAGCAGCUGUGUCAGAGCUCAGAGAUAAACUACAGGACAUCCUGAGGGAGGAAUGGACAAACAUCUCACUGACAGUGACUGAAGUGGACGUUUUACUGUCACAACCAGAACCAGAGCCCAAGACCAGAGCUGAGUUCUUAAAAUAUUCAUGUGAAAUCACUCUGGAUCCGAAUACAGCACAUAGACAGCUGUUAUUAUCUGAUUGGAACAGAAAAGCAGAACGAAUGGAUCAACCACUUUAUUAUCCUCGUCACCCAGACAGAUUCACAAAAUAUUAUCAGGUCCUGAGUAGAGAGAGUCUGACUGGACGUUGUUACUGGGAGGUGAAGUGGAGAGGAGAAGGAGCAGCAGCUGGUGUAGCAGUCGCAUACGAUGAUAUCAGCAGAACAGGCCAUGAAUCGGGAUUUGGACGUAAUGACAAAUCUUGGUCUUUAGUUUGUGAUACUGACGGUCCUAUAUUUUUAUUAAACGAGAUCGAAAUUCCCAUCUUACAUUAUGUUUCCUCCAGAGUCGGAGUGUACCUGGAUCACAGAGCAGGUAUUCUGUCCUUCUACAGCGUCACUGGAACCAUGACUCUCCUCAACAGAAUCCAGACCACAUUCACUCAGCCUCUCUAUGCUGGACUUUGGGUUGUACCGAAACACAUCCAAACAGCCAAGAGACGGAUCUCACAUCAGGCCUCGUGGUUCCUGUUCUUCACCCGCAUCCCAUUUCCUCUCUCCUACAGUCCUCGGUCCCACAACAUCAAACCUGAUGCUUUGUCUCACCAGAUCCAGGGGGGAAGCGGAUUCUGGCACCGGGCCCGACUCCCCCCUCCUUGUUCCCUGUGUGGUCACAACCUUGACCUGGCUCUGAGGUCUGAUGUGCUCCAGUGGGCCCAUGCCUCCAAGUUCACCUGCCACCUGGGAACCCAUGAGAAUCUAGAGAACCCAUGA